AUGUCUGCAUUUGACGCGCUUGGAAAGAUGGGUAAAAAAGCAGCAACGAAUGAGGUGAUCGCUGGCCUGUUGAAUGCACUACGGGAUGAAGACGGUCGUGUCAGAGCAAAUGUUUAUGGAGUCAUUUCGAUGAUGGGUGAAAAAGCAGCAACAAAUGAGGUAAUCGCUGGUUUGUUUGAUGCACUACGUGAUGAAGAUGAUGGUGUCAGAGAAAAUGCGUGUUUAGUCCUUCAAAAUAUAGGUGAAAAAGCAGCAACGAAUGAAGUGAUCGCUGGUCUGGCGAAUGUACUCCGCGAUAAAAAUUCGAAUGUCAGACAAUAUGCUUGUGAAGCCCUUAAAAACAUGGGAGAAAAAGCAGCAACGACUGAAGUGAUCACUUGUCUGGUAAACAUGCUUGCUGAUGAGAAAAGUGAUGAUGAUGAAUAUGGAACUGCUGUUCUUGAAUGGGCUCUAUGUUCGCAUUGUGAACUAAAAGGAUUAGAUUCAAACGUGGUUUCGAAAUUACAUUCAUAUAUUAAACGAAGCACGUCGAUAACGCUUGCACGAGUUCCUUCUGAGCAACUGGUGAAGGCAGCUAAUGGUACAACUGAACUUGCAUUGAUCAUAGCUACAACUACGUUAGAAUUUGGUGGUCAAGUUUCAACACAAGCCUCCAAUAUCUAUGGAAUGAUGACACUCAAAGCACCUUCUCUUCUUUCGAUCACGACUAGCGAGAAGGAACUCAAUGAAUUACGUGUUCCAAUCGAUCUCGUAUGUGUUGUUGAUCAAAGUGGAUCAAUGCAAGGAGAGAAAAUUGCAUUACUGAAAAAGACUUUGGAUUAUAUUAUCGAUCAAAUGAAUUCACUCGAUCGAUUAGCGAUUGUUUCUUUUGAUACUAAAGCAUACGAUCGAUCCAAUGGUCUUAAUAUGAUGACACACGCAAAACAACAAACUCUUCACACUGCAGUUGCGCAGAAUAUUCAUGCCGGUGGUGGCACUUAUAUUGGUUCUGGUCUCGAAAUGGGUAUUCGAAUGUUAAUCAAUCGUCGAACGAAAAAUCCAGUCGGAGCCAUGCUUCUUCUCACUGAUGGUCAAGAUAAUCAGCAUCAUGAUUAUUCUCAACUAAUGCGAACUCUACCUGAUGGUGUCGUUUGUCACACAUUCGGCUAUGGACUAGGACAUAGGGCAGCAUUGCUAUCUCAAUUGGCAGAGCAAGGACACGGAGGAACAUUUACCUUUAUUGAUCAAGUCGAUUCAAUCGCUCUUGCUUUUGCUACUGCUCGUGGUACUCUCUUUACAUGUGUUGCGCAGAACUUGAAUGUAAAACUUGACUUCGAUGGUUCAUAUGCAGUCACACACUCGCAUUCUAUCUAUAGACAUGAACCUGCCCUAUUACCAUCUUCACAAAUCACAUUCAAACUUAAUGAUCUUAAUAGUGAGGAAAGUCGUAAUCUUGUCUUUCAAUUAAACGUACCUGCACUUGUCGAACAACCGAAUAAUAAUGAUAUCAUUGGUCGUGUAUCAAUCGAAUACACUGACGCAAUUAAUGGGCGUCAAAUUCACACACCAACGAUACCAUUUCUACUUGUACAUCCUGCUCAACUAACUCCUGACUCACCAUUGCUUGUUAUAAACUAUGCACUAGAUUUACAACGUAAUCGUGCAGAAACAAGUCGUGUUUUGAAAGAAGCUGUCAAUGAACCAAACUACGAACGUGCUCGAGAAUUAUUGAAUGCACAAUUGGCAAAAAUUCGAUCGUCUGUAUCAGCUCAAGAUCCACUAUGUCAACAGUUAAUACGCGAUUUGGAAUAUCAGUAUACAAGUCAAUAUGAAUUAAGAACAACCAUGACUAAUAUGUAUAUGUAG